ACGUUUAUCAAUCACACUCGUGCUGCCCUCUGUCGUCUUUUCACUGUCUUCCAGCAAAGGUAUCGAGCCUGCGUUCGCUACCAUACUACUCUCACCCCGACAGACUGUCGUUCGUGAGCAAAACUGAGGACGUCGCCAAGCAUGACAUCCUCUCCCCCAGUGUCUCCACGGUUGAGCCCGGAUGGAGGAGGUGCGGCCGGUGACCCAUACCCUGUUUCCAGCAACGACCCCGCCACUCAAUAUACCAUGCUCGAGAAACUUGGCACCGGCAGCUUUGGCGUCGUUUACAAGGCAAUGCACAACGAGACGAAGCAAAUUGUUGCCAUCAAGCAGAUUGACCUCGAAGAUUCCGACGAUGACAUCCUAGAGAUCCAACAAGAAAUCGCUAGCCUGGCGCAGUGCGAUUCGGAAUACGUCACCCGUUACUACGGGUCUUUCGUCGUCGCUUAUAAGCUCUGGAUUGUCAUGGAGUACCUCGCGGGUGGCUCCUGUCUUGACCUGCUGAAGGCGGGACCAUUCUCCGAAGCUCACAUCGCCGUUAUCUGCCGUGAACUUCUGCACGGCCUGGAUUACUUGCAUUCAGAAGGCACCAUCCAUCGCGACAUCAAGGCUGCCAAUGUCUUGCUUUCAGCUACUGGCAAAGUCAAACUGGCCGACUUUGGUGUUGCCGCGCAACUGACAAGUACCCUCAGACACACUUUUGUCGGCACCCCCUUCUGGAUGGCUCCAGAGGUCAUUCGUCAGGCCGGGUACGAUGCAAAAGCAGACAUGUGGAGUCUAGGUAUUACAGCAAUCGAGAUGGCCAAAGGAGAGCCACCGUUGGCAGAGUACCACCCAAUGCGGGUGCUUUUCCUUAUACCCAAGGCAAAACCACCGGUGCUCGAUGGCAACUUUAGCCCGGCCUUUAAGGAAUUUGUUUCUUUGUGUCUCACGAAGGAUCCCGCAAAGCGCCCUACUGCAAGAGAACUCCUACAGCAUAGAUUCAUCAAGGGAGCGAAGAAAACGUCGUACCUUACUGAGCUCAUUGAACGUUAUCAGGAAUAUCGCGUUCAGUCGCGACCGAAAGCACAAGUAUACUCACCGACAGUUUGUGGUACCAUUAACUGGGAGAACAACGAUACUAUUCGCAGCGACUGGAACUUCGACACCAUUAAAUCCACAUCUGUGAUGGGGACGUUCAGGAGUGCAGCCAAAGACCUUGUGCCUGAAAUAGAAAUCGACGACUUGACAGUGGACGACCAGUCGGUAUAUGAAGAAGAUCAAGAGUCCUUCGAUACCGGAGGCGCAGUCAAAGGAAGCACCAUCAUAGAUCCAAAUUCCGUCAGAAUAAACUCGCGUGCGACACACUCGACUGUCAGAAUCAACGUUGUUCCCCAAGAUGGUGAUGCCUCAGCGGAGAGCGCCGAUCUUGUAACCUCCUUACAAGAUAGCCAAACCGAGACCCUUGGCGCACCUCCAGCUUACAGUGGUUCAGUGCGGUCUCCAAGGCGCUCCUCAUAUGCAGCACGACACAAGACGACUGGUGCUGGUACCGUCAUGCGAGAGGCAGACCUAGGCACUGGCCUGGAUACCAUUCGCCCAAUUAAGAAAGUCGACACUACCAGCUCUUUGAAACAUUCGGCAGAGUACGUGGGGAGCAUACGUAGCAAAGAUGAUGUUCCUUUGUCCCCUACGUCACCAACAUCACCUUCGAAAAACCGAGUACCCCCGAAGCGGAGACCAGGCGAGUCUGAGAAGGCGGGAAGGGCAAUGAUCAACGAUGUUGUCCUUCCUGUUCUUCAAAACGCCAUUUGCGACGACAUGGACGCCCGGGAGAUCGAGUCGCUAAGCAUGAUAACCCGAGGGUUUACGGACUUGAGGGACAUCAAUCCAGCCCUUUCUUACAGCGUUAUCCUCGACAUCCUAUCCGGUAUUAACGAGAACCCUGUAGUGCGACAGCACGUACAGACCGCUCGUGGUCUUUUCCCCCAUAAGCGGAUCAUCCGCAAAAGUGAGAUGACCGCAAAGGGUCUCGUUGUCACCGAAGUUCAAGAAGAUGUUUCCGGUCUGCCAGUGGACUCCAGCGCGUCAGCCCCAGGAAAGACAGAUGACACUACUCAGAUGCGGAAAUCACCGAUCGCCGAGUUACUUUACAUGCGUUGGUUGGAAGGUCUUCGGAUCAAGUGGCCAAGCAUCCUGUCAUCAUGAUCGCGCAUCCAGCUCUCAGUGUUGCAGUUUCCUUGUGAAGUAUCUUCCGCUACUAUACCUAACUAUCGGCUUCGUGUACUUCCGCCCUUGGCUAUGUGGUGGAUCUCUGCCACGGGACUACGUACGUUGCGCUUCCCGCUUCCAGCGUCGAUGUUCUUUCGUCGUGAUCACGUUUGUUGUAUGGUUCUUCGCUAUAUGUCUACAUCUUUUACACCACACACACGGCCUUCUUUGGCACAAGGACCCUUCGUCCGUUUAGCGUAAUGAAUCGCGUUGAGCUUGCUUU